CUUCUUCCUCUGGAGCCGCCGCAGUCGCUGCCUGGCGCUAGAAGGGGAGGUUUGGGCUGGGCAGGGCGCUCUUGGUGUUGGUGAGGCGGGCGGGGGAACGCAGGGCAGGUCCCUUCCCUUCCUUGGCUCUCCUCUCCGGGCCACCGCUGCUUCCUGCCGUUCCCUCCUCGCCCAGCAUGGAGCUCUUCCAAGCCAAGGACCACUACAUCCUCCAGCAAGGCGAGCGGGCGCUCUGGUGUAGCCGCGCUGACGGCAGCUUCCAGCUCCGACCCGCUACUGAUCUCCUCCUGGCUUGGAAUCCAAUUUGCCUGGGUUUAGUUGAAGGACUGAUUGGAAAAAUUCAACUUCAUACAGAUUUGCCUUGGUGGCUGCUUUUGAUUCGCCAGAAAGUAGUGAUUGGGAAGCUUCCAGGAGAUCAUGAAAUAUGUAAAGUGACAAAAAUUGCAGCAGUGCCCCUCUCUGAAGCGGAACCCCAGGAUCUGGAUCUGGAGCUCUGUAAAAAACAUCAUUUUGGAAUAUACAAACCAGAGAAGAUUACACAAUCUCCAGAUGAUUCUAAAUUUCUGCUCAAGACCUUCACUCAAAUUAAAUCAAAUGUUGCUGCUUCUAAUAAAAGGAAGGUUAAAGAAAGUAAAGAGAAAGAGAGACUGGAGAGGCGGCUGCUAGAAGAACUCUUCAAAAUGUUUAUGGACUCUGAAUCCUUUUAUUAUAGUUUAACGUAUGACCUAACAAAUUCUGUGCAAAGGCAAAGUGCCUGUGAGAAGGCUGCCUUGCCACUUUGGAAGAAGGUUGAUGACAGAUUCUUUUGGAACAAGCACAUGCUUGAAGACCUGAUAAAUAUUGGGGAAUCUGAAUUAGAUUUUUGGAUUAUCCCAGUCAUCCAGGGAUUUGUUCAGAUUGAAGAGCUUGUCGUGAAUUAUAACGAAACGUCAGAUGAGGAGAAAAGCAGUCCAGAGACACCACCUCAAGAGCCCAUUUGUGUAGAUGAUAUUCACCCAUGUUUUCUUGUGGCCCUUAUCUCACGGCGCAGCCGCCAUAGAGCCGGCAUGCGCUACAAACGAAGAGGAGUUGAUAAAAAUGGGAAUGUGGCAAAUUAUGUGGAGACGGAACAAUUGAUUCAUGUCCACAACCACACCCUGUCUUUUGUUCAGACAAGGGGAUCUGUGCCUGUGUUUUGGAGUCAGGUUGGUUAUAGAUACAAUCCCCGGCCACGGCUGGACAAAGGUGAAAAGGAAACGGUCCCUUACUUCUUUGCACAUUUUGAAGAACAAUUAAAAAUCUAUACAAAACAGAUUAUCAUUAACUUGGUGGACCAGACUGGCCGAGAAAAAAUUAUUGGUGAUACGUAUCUUAAGCAGGUUUUACUGUACAACAACCCAAGUCUUACUUAUGUUUCAUUUGACUUCCACGAACACUGCCGCGGGAUGAAGUUUGAAAAUGUCCAGACGUUAACAGAUGCUAUUUCAGAUAUCAUCACUGAUGUGAAGUGGUGCUGGGUGGACCAAGCUGGUGUGAUUUGUAAGCAGGAAGGAAUUUUCCGAGUUAACUGUAUGGAUUGCUUGGAUCGAACAAACGUUGUCCAAGCUGCUAUUGCUCGUGUAGUUAUGGAACAACAGUUGAAAAAGUUAGGUGUGAUGCCACCAGAACAACCACUGCCAAUGAAAUGCAAUCGAAUCUACCAAAUCAUAUGGGCGAACAAUGGUGAUGCCAUAAGCCGACAGUAUGCCGGAACUGCAGCUUUAAAGGGUGACUUUACAAGGACUGGUGAAAGAAAGCUGGCCGGUGUCAUGAAAGAUGGUGUUAACUCUGCAAAUAGAUACUACUUAAACCGCUUCAGGGAUGCAUAUAGGCAGGCAGUCAUAGAUUUAAUGCAAGGUAUUCCUGUGACAGAAGAUCUCUAUUCCAUAUUUACAAAAGAGAAAGAACACGAAGCUCUGCACAAAGAAAACCUGAGAAGUCAUCAGGAACUGAUUAGUCAGUUAUUGCAAAGUUACAUGAAGCUGCUUUUACCCGAUGAUGAAAAAUUCCAUGGAGGUUGGGCACUUAUUGAUUGUGAUCCAAGCCUCAUUGAUGCCACCCACAAAGACGUUGAUGUUCUCCUUUUGCUUUCUAACUGUGCCUACUAUGUAGCCUAUUAUGAUGAUGAAGUAGAUAAAGUAAAUCAAUACCAAAGGCUGAGCCUUGAAGAUUUGGAGAGGAUAGAAAUAGGGCCUGAACCAACUCUUUUUGGGAAACCAAAAUUCUCGUGCAUGCGGCUCCAUUAUAAAUAUAGAGACACAAGUGGCUAUUUCCAUACCCUUAGAGCUGUGAUGCGCAAUCCUGAAGAAGAUGGAAAAGAUACUCUUCAGUGCAUUGCAGAGAUGCUGAGAAUCACAAAACAGGCUCUUGGUUUGGAUGUGCCCAUUGUUGAGAAAAAACUGGAGAGAAAGAGCAGCAAACCCCAUGAAGACAUCAUUGGCAUUAGAACCCAGAACAGAGGAUCCUUGGCUCAGGGGAAGAAUUACUUAAUGAGCAAGUUCUCCUCCCUUAAUCAGAAAGUGAAACAAACAAAAUCCAAUGUCAACAUGAGUAAUAUUAGGAAGUUGGGGAACUUCACAAAGCCUGAAAUGAAAGUCAACUUCUUAAAGCCUAAUCUGAAAGUCAAUCUUUGGAAAUCUGAUAGUAGCCUUGAAACCAUGGAAAAUCCCAUGAUGGAAACAAAAGUCAAUGCGGAAUCGGAUCUAGAGAUUUCUUCAGAUAAUGACUCAUUCCAUUCAGAUGACUUCCUUACAAAUUCUAAAUCUGACGAUGACCAACAGUUCAUGGACUCCUUGGAGAACAUAGAUUAUGUCCUGCCUAGUUGUGGUAUCAUUGCCUCUGCUCCUCGACUUGGGAGUCGGUCCCAGUCUGUAAGCAGCACGGACAUCAACAUUAGCAUUCCUGUUCCUUCAGAAAUCCAUGUUACACAGUGUGGAGACCAAAUAAACACAUCUGAACCUGAAGGCAAAGCACUGCAGGAAGCCCCUUCCACUGACAUUGCAGCUGUGGAGUUCACCAAGCCAGUUGAUGCUUACUGCCAUAGAUUUGUACAGGAUGCUCAAAUUAAGAUGGCCAGUGCGUCCAAGAUGGAGGUUGGGUCUCAAGAAUUCCAGAAAGCAGAUUAUGUCAGCAAUGAUGCUUCUAAGAAAACUGAAUCUUGUUUUGGAAGAACAAGUGAGGUUCCUUCUAGGCCAUCUAAAUUGGAUGUGCCAUUUUCAGAGACAGAGUCACACUUCUUAACGGUUGAACAGAUGUCUACGUCGCAUAGCCCAGGCUCCUCUUCCAACGCUCUUGAAGUUGAGCCAGGGUUUCAAAUGACUCCUUCACCAGCAGAGAGCAACGGGAGCAGAGCAGUCUCUCCUUUUGCAAAAAUACGCAGUUCCAUGGCCCAGAUGGCUAAUAUGACACAAGCUGGUUUGACCCAAGGAAUCAACUUUGCAGUGGCUAAAGUCCAGAAGAGCCCGGCUGAACCAGAAUGUAUAAAUGAAAUUCAGCAAAAUGAAUUGAGAGAGAUGUUUACACAGUGUCAGACACGGAUAAUUCAGAUCUAGAGCUCAAACUGUCCAGAUCCAGUUGUACAUAUUGGGGGAGAAGGGGCAAACUACUGCUGAAUAUUGGUAUAAUACAAAUAAUUAUGUUUACAGAGAGGUGUGGGAGAAAUGAGGUGGGUUCUGAACAGGUUUCAGAAGUAUUCUCUGGCAGCUGAGCUGGUGAAGGUUAACCAUACUAAUCAGGUAGCUCAUACGCCGUUGAUGUGCAUGCUGUUAGUUUGAGUGAUCAGUUGCACAAUUAUCUUUUGAAACUGGGUUUUAUAGGUAAUCUGAUUUAUGUAGAAUAUUUAUAUUAGGGUCUGGUACUGACACCUGUUACCUUAUUAAUCUUGCACUGUACCAGUGAACAUUUUAUUCACAAGAUAACAUCUUAUUUAUUUUUCAGACUAACCUUUUAAAUUUAAUUUUUUAAAAUUUGUGUUCAUUGACCUAGUUGCAUUCCUAAGGAACGGAUUUCUGCAGAGAAAGUAUUUAAAUAUAUAUGCCUAGGGGCUUUCCUGCCAAUUCAUUCUUUUCCCCUACCUCUGCUAACUGGUAGCUAUGGUACCUUGGAGCAAUCUAACAUGGUAAUAUAGAAGAACUGAGUUUUUUUAACUAGAAAAAAAACAUUUAAACCCUUUUUGUCUGUCUUUUUGCCUUUGAGUGAUGGAAUUGGCUCCUUACACUUGUGCUACUUUUUUAGAGGAAAAACAAAAGCAUUUAACUACAAAUAUAAAUGCAGAAUAUUGGAUAUAUGCUGUAGUGUUCGUAUGAGAUACUGUAACUUCCUUAAACUCAAGCAGGGAAGCACAAAAAAUAACAUAAACUACAACAUACUUAUCUAUAAAGUUAUACUGCUGAUAUUUAAAACCAGAUUAAUGCAAAGUAUUUCAAAAGAGUUAAAAUAGUUGUAAUUUGUUGGGAUCAGUUUUGGUUUUGUCACUGUACCGCUAGGGGAAUGAGAUUGUAUUUGAUUGGGGAUCUGAUCCAAAAAGCCUCAGGUGCACAAGGACAAUUCCCAUAGAUCAUGUUAUUUCCCAGAGCACUUUUGUGGCUGAUUGUCCAUAGCAGAAUGUAGUUGCAAAUACAAGAAUGGAUACUGUGUCUUGUGGUCUUAUAGCCUCAAUAAUCAUUAUUCUACAGCCAGGGACUCUAUAUGUUAGUACUCGUGUACUAUAGUUAAGUUGCACGCACUGUUCUAAGCAAUUAAUAUGAGUCAUGAUGGUGGUCUUUGACUUUCUCUACUAUAACAGAAGUGAUGAUAAACUUAAUCUGAUUGUCUUUUUUGUCUGAUACUUUUGAUACUGUUUUCAUUUUUGUUAUUUAUUUCUUAAUACCGUAAUGUAUAUUCUUUUUUGGUGUGUCUGUAUAAAUUUGUGAGUAUUUAAAAUAAAACUGUUGUUUUAAUGUGGGAUACCUAUACAAGAUAUAUUUUAAUAAAAAAAAUCAGACCAGA